AUGCUGCUCAAAAUUUUGUUGAUGUUCUCUACCAUUUCCUUGGCUUCAGCUGCUUUAUACGUGAAGAAACCUACAAUCAUGUGCAUCAUUCACACUACCAAAAGUGCUCACAAAACUAGAGUAAGUUUGGCUUUUAAUUUUUUUUUGUACUGUAGGCCGUUUUUUUCAUUAUUAUAGACCAUUUCUUCACUAUAGACCAAAGUUCCCAAAUUUUAAAUUUUUGGUUGCGGCCGUAGCUCUGAAACUAGAGCUGCUAUGUAACUGGUGCCGUGCUGGCUCCGAGGCUUAUUAAUACUGAACUCCUAAGCUCUUUAGGACUAACCUACACAUUUUUUAAGCUUCAGUUUUAGCUUUGGCUUUGCCUUUUUUUUAAUUUUUUGAUUGUUCUAAAAGUUUGUAGAAUUUGGCUUUAUUAUCAAGCUUAGCCCCCCCUCCCGUGGAUUUUUCGAUAAAUUUUUUGACCACUGAAAGAGAAUAAAAAUUGUCAUUAUUGUAUGUUUAUAAGCCUAGAAACGUUGCUUUAAACAUUUGUUUUUUUUUGUUGGUCGAAAAAUUCAUAGAAUUUUGCUUUACUAUCAAGCUUGGUCCUCCCUGUGGAUUUUUCGGUGAAUUUUUUGACCUUUCAAAAAGAGUAAAAAUAGAAAAUAUGUAUGUUUAUAGGCUUAAAAAAGUUGUUUUAAGUAUUUUCUUUAUUGGGGUUGGUCCAAAAAUUUAUAGAAUUUGGCUUCCUUGUCGACCCUAUAGUUCCACAGCCAGAGCUGUUCUAAAACCGGAGCCGGAACUGUUCUGAAGCCUUUUUUUAACUUAGUUGCUAAUAUAUAAACAACUUUCCUUUUCAGAUGGCAGUGAUUCUAGAAACCUGGGCAAAGAAGUGUGAUGACAUUUUGGUCUUCACAGAUGCCCCACUAGAAUACGACGUACCGUACGUGUACUUCCCCAUGAUGGGUACUCGAGAUCAUUCCUGGGAGAAGAUACGACGAGUAUUCCGUUACGUGUUUGAAGAUAUGGACAAGAAAUACGACUGGUACUUGAGAGCUGAUGAUGAUUCAUACGUUUUGAUUGAUAACGCUAGAACGUUGGUCGCUGAACACGAUCCAGCCACGCCGGCUGUGCUUGGCUAUCGGUGGGGAUUCUUUGAGGUGGGUUUGUGGUCUUAAGAACCAUGUUGUCACAAGGUAUUUUACCGUGAAGUAAAAUCAGAAGUAAAAAAGUCUUGUCGUUUUUUAAUAGGCAACUACAUGCAAAUUGACGACGAGACUUUUUUAGUCAUAUAUUAUACAAAGAUAAUGCUUUACAACCAGGGGCGGGCGGGGAGUUUGGGUCUGGGGGUCGAAAAAAUCGGCACAGGUACCUGUGCCAACAUUUUUUUGAAAAUUUUUAAAGUUUUCUAAAGACCCAGUAAAACACUAAUUCAAGGCUCAAAACUUAAUUUAAAAAUAUUUUUAAAAAAAUCAAAUUUAAUUUUUUCAGCCUCGAGGUUACGUUGAUGGUGGUGUAUACAUUGUGAGCAGCGGUGGAAUGAAAGUAUUCAACGAAAUUAUGAAGAAUGACACAAUUUGCCCUGACUUCCACAGAGCUGAAGAGGAUCAGGAGGUAGGAUUUUUGUCAUAUUUUAUGAUUCUCUAGUAUCUAAUGGUCUAAAACAGCCAUUUUAUUGUUGCAACUAUAAUAUAUAAAAAAUCUAGUUUUGAUAAGAUAUGACUAUUAGUCAAAAAGUAGGUAGAAAUUAUGUUUUUUUUAAAUUUUAAAGGUUUUUCGCCAAAAAUUUUGAUUUUUUAACAAAUAUUUAGAUUAAAGUACAUUUUGUUUAUCGACCAGUCGAUUUUUUUAAAUUAGUUUUAACAGCAACGUUCUUCAGUAUAUUGGGCACCCUUUUGUAUAACACAAUUUUGUAUAAUUUACAACGGUUGCAGAGUUGCAGGUUGUUAAAGUUGCUGGCCCUAUAUUUUUUUGAAAAAAUUGAGUUUUUUAUCAAAUAUUUGGACAUAUUGCAUUUUUUUUAUCAACCAGUUUUUUGAAGCUUUUAUUUAUUUAUUUUAUUGACCAUAAUUUAGUAUAUUAUAGUUUAGUAUAAUUUGCAACGGUUGCCGAGUUGCAGGUUGUUGAAGUUGUUGAACCCUAAAGUUUUAAGAAAAAAAAAUAAAGAGUUAGUUCAAAAAAUUGUUUUAUGGGCCUUAUAACAAACUUUUAUGACAUUUUUUGUAAGAAUAUAUUUUUCCUUAGAUUUAUUGGCAAUAUUUACACUUUUAGUUUGCUUUCAGAUUUCCCGCUGCUUCGCCAAAGUCGGUGUAUAUCCAGUGGAUACGCGAGACAAGCUGGGCCGAGAUCGAUUCCAUCAUUUCAAUAUUGAUGAAUUCAAGAGCAAAUACCUCAUUGAGUUUAUCAAGCAAAACUCGUUUUAUGGGUACAAAAAGGUAUGUUUAUAUAAGGCAUGGAUGAAGCGAUUAUUGGGUUUGUUCUUCAUAACAGGCCAUUUACUUACCCUCCCCCCCCGGCCAAGCCAAGAUGACAUCUCUCAUUUCAGUUCCCCGAAGUCAUCAGCGACACCUCCGUAUCUUUCCACCAUCUCACGCCGUACGAAAUGAAGAUCAUGGACUAUCUCCUGAAUCAGUUGGAGAGUAAACGCAAAAAACUGGAUUCCUCCAUCCUGACGUCGGGCCGGUCCAUCUUUUCGUUCUUAUCUUGA